AUGAGUUUGCGUUGCUUCUCAAGGCCCAGUGAGGAUUUGAAGUAUGAAAAUGAGACCACAGUGAAUGAUAAACUACAGGAUUGUGAAACUGUCUCUCUCUCAGAUACAGAUGCAACAUUUUCAUGUUCUACAGACUCCUCAGAUGCAGCAUCUGCUGUUUCUUCGGUCACCUCAGGCUAUGAAAGUAGCUUUACUGCCAGUGACCAUAACUGGGAUACUUGGAUGAAAAAAUAUGAACCAGUACUACUGGACUGCCUGCUUGCCAAUCGCACGACAUUAAAGAUAAAAUCCUUGAUUUUACGUCUUCAAAGGCUUCAGGAAAAAGCAAUAGAGGAAGAUGAUUAUGAUAGAGCUGAUAAAUUUAGACGAAAACUGGAAGAACUAGAGAAAGAGAAAAAUUCUUUGAAAUUUCAACUUCCUUCGAGACAUCCCUCAAUUAGCAGUUUUCUGGACAGAUUUGUUACCCAAAUUCAAGCAGCACUGCACUGGGCUAUAGAGCGGGUUACAAAUGAAGAAACACAGCUCUGGCAAGAAAAUGAACAUAAACUUUUGAGAUCUACCUACCAAGAGAGGAUUCAGGUUUCAGCCACAAAACGAAACAAGCUUCUUCAAGAAAAGAAGUGGUUACAGAAAGAAAUCGAAGACCUCCGAGCAAGACUGGCUGUAUUAGAAGCAAAAGACCAACAAUUAAGAAAAGAAAUUGAAGAGCAAGACAGGCUUAUUCAGUCCCAUGACUGUGAACUGAGUGCUUUGCUUGGCUGGGUUUCUUUGAGAGAGCUACAGGAAAUAAGCAAGGCUGUGGAUGAAACUUUAGCAUCGUCCUAUCAAAUCCCAUUCAGUUUGGACCUUCCGGGGACAAUAAAGAGCCUUCAGGAAAGAGAACAAUCAUUCCGCAUGUCCAUUAAGGAAACGACUGCCAAAGUUUGCGCAAGUCAGAAACUCUGCAGUACUUUGAGGAGGGAAGUGAGUGAUAUUGAGACUCGGCUACCAGUUCUCCUUGAAGCCAAAAUGCUGGCUGUUUCAGGAAGUAAUUUUGGGACUGCUAAGAAUCUGACAGAAGAAAUAAGAUCAUUAACAUCUGAGAAGGAGCGUCUAGAAGGACUUCUCAAUGAGUUGGUGGUGUUGAGUGCCAGAAAUGUCCAAAAAUUAGAGAGAAUUAAAGAUGAUUACAACAGACUGAAACAGGAGCUUGAGCAGGGAGAGACCGCCUUUGGAUGUCCCCACUUGGCUUGA